AUGGCGACCAAGCAGCCUGAGCAGCCUUCUGUUGCUACUGCUCUUGAGCCGCCCAAUGGUGGUGUGGCCUCCUGGUCAGGCGUGUUUGCUUCCUUUCUCCUUUUUGUCACCACCUGGGGAUUUUCGACCGCGUUUGGCGCGUUCCAGAGCUACUAUCAAUCCGAGCUCUUGAGCACUAGUUCUCCGUCACGUAUCGCGUGGGUGGGCACCAUCCAGGCCUUCUUCCUCAUCUCCACGGGGGUCAUUGCAGGGCCCCUGUUCGACCGGGGAUAUCUGCAGCAUCUGAUGAUCGUCGGUUGUUUCUUGACUACCCUAGGGUUGAUGAUGCUGAGCCUGUCCACCGAGUACUACCAAGUCUUCCUCUCGCAAGGCGUCUGUUGUGGUUUGGGCAGUGGUUUGAUUUAUGUGCCUGCUCUGUCGCUUGUUUCCACCCGGUUCACUACGCGACGCGGCAUUGCCGUAGGCCUGGUGACCUCCGGGGCCAGUAUUGGUGGGGUUAUCUUCCCCAUUGUUUUCAUCCGCCUUCAGCCCCGGAUCGGCUUUCCCUGGACAGCACGCACCAUGGGCUUCAUCCAACUAGCUUGCUCUUGCAUCGCGGUGCCGUUGCUGAUGGCCACCACCAAGACGCGCCAGGCCCCGCCCCGCCAGAUCAUCCACUGGCACGCGAUGAAGGAGUGGCACUUCAACGCCUACGGGAUCGCCAACUUCCUCAUGUUCAUGGCAUAUUUCAUCCCCAUCUUCUACGUGCCAGCCUUUGCCCAGACUGCCCUGCACACGUCCACAGCGCUCAGUUUCUACAUGGUGUCGAUCCUCAACGCCGGCUCGGCCAUCGGCCGUAUUGGGUCCUCCCUGCUGACCUAUCGUCUCGGAGCCAGCCAUAUCCUCCUGGUCAGCGUCAUUGCCUCGGCUGUGCUUCUCUUCGGCUGGACGGGCAUCCACUCCGUUGCCGGGUUCAUCGUCUUCUGUGUCCUCUUUGGGAUUUUCUCCGGGGUGCUUAUCUCGGCCAACCUGCUGGUCAUCGCCCACCCGGUGGUCUCGCCCACCCCCUCGGUCAUCGGUACCCGCAUGGGCAUGCAGUGGUUUGCUACCAGUCUGGGCGUGCUGAUUGGAGCGCCCAUUGGGGGGGUCCUCCAAGGCCACGGAGGAAGUGAUGGUUUCUUGGGGCUGCAGCUGUUUAGUGCAGUGGGGAUGAUCGUGGGGGCAGGCUUUCUACUGGUACCGACGAUGGCGAUUUGGCGAUAUGACCAGCCUUGA